UCUCUUGUUCAUGAUGGGUGCUUUUCAAUAGAUGCCUUUAACUGACACCUCAAAAUAUGCACACAUCUAUUGCAACAUUGCUGGUUGCAUUUCUAGGGUCUAGUUUAAACUUUUUCAGCACACAGCUGUUCUGAUUAUAGACCAUGCAGUUAAACACACAAUAAUCAUGCAUACCAGAGGCUAUGGCAUCUCCACAUUACUAAGCCUUUGAAAAGCUAUCACCUUUACUUAGCAUUUGUCAGCUUUAUAUAACUUGUCCCAAUACCACAUUUUUCUUUUGCAACCAGAGACACUAUCCAGAGAGUUCUGCAUGUCCAGCAGCGUUUUUGCUUGAAAUUUUUGAACAAAAUCCCAUUAAAACUCAUAGCAAACUGCUUUUGAAACUCAGGGACUACAUAAUUGCUCAGCGCCUAAACAGCAGUACAGCUAGUGCCCAGGAAUUUGAAAUUAUUUUUCUGCUUAUACAGUAAAUGUACAUUUGUUUAUAUUAUAUUAAAUAUCAGUCAUUUCUAGUUAUAACAGGAAAGAAGAAGGAAGAUGAACUGUUCAUGUGUAUGCUGUCUUAAACAUCUGGAAAUGGAGUGGGGCGGUGAAUAUUCUCUUGAUUCUUCCAAUUUGGAUUGUUUAUUAAACAUACUUCCGGGAGAUCUAGAGUUUCAGCAGAUACUUGGUGACAUUGAUGAGAAAAUAAAGAAAAAUGAUGCAAGCAUGGAGCAGUGUCUUAAGGACCUACAAUUGGAAAUAAACGAAACUUGUUCUGAUGAGUUGCUACAGGACACAGAUGACUGUCUUCAGUGGUUAAAUAACUGCAGUUUCAGCUCAGUCAAACCGUUUUCAACACCUCAUGGAGAAUUGGUCAAGUUUCUUCAAACACUGCAAAACUUACUUAAGAAUGAGCAAAAUCAAGAAGAUAUGAUUCUUCACUUUCUCCUGGAUCUCUCUAGUCAGUGUGGAGUCUUAUUUCCUUGUACUCCAAGCGGGACAUCUUUUGAGUUUACAUCAAGUACUUCACUUCAUGGCAUUGAAGACAAUUCAGCGAUGGAUGUUCAGUGUAUUUGGGAUGAUGUAAGACUACAUCUUCGCCGCUUCUUAGUAAAUCAGCUGCAGAGUCACCAUGAAACAAAACAUGGCACUUUACAACAGCAAUUGCAGUUUAAAACUCAGUGUCUUCAACAGCUGUUUUUUCUUUAUCCUGAGCCAGAAGUUCUAGCCAAGUAUCAAAACAUGCAGAAUAAAUUGGUUAGUGAUCUUCUUCAGAAAUGCGUUCUAGAAAGCAGCGGUGAAACGAACUUUGAAAAGAUGGUUCACGGUUAUGAAAGUUCACUUCCUAUUUUGUGUACAUUGAUAAAAGAAGAUAUGUAUAUUCUUAGUGGAAUUAUUGACUCUCAUUCAACCAUGAAAUUCAUUAAUGAAACUUACUUGGAUACUAUCACAGAAGAAAUGACCAUUCUUCUUGAAACGCUUUGUGAGCUUCAGUUCAAGGAAAAUGCUUUACAUGGUGUUAAGGCAAGCAAGAGCUCAAAGAAACAGAGAGGAGUAGCCCAUGUUUGGGCUGCUCAGGAAUAUCCCAGAAAAGGAAGAAGCUUCUGUUUAACACUGCACCAACUCAGAUGUCUUUCCCAGCUUGUACAGCUUUUUUUGUUGAUGGAAGAAAAGGUUGAAGAAUUGUCUUCAGAACUGCUGUUAAUACCAUGUUUUUCUGAGAACAAAAGUGUUCAAGGAGUUCUGAAGAAAGCUGGUGGGGAACCUUUAAUAGGGGAAAGUAGAGCAAAUGUAACCAGUGUGCUUCCUGAACAGUUACUUCAGGUAAAAGAGUCUACCAUACUAGAGUUUGGCUGGAGAAAUGCAUUUAAAGACCUUUCGUCUUCCGUGGCACACUGCAUAACAAUUGCAGUUGAAGAUUUUUCUACUAAAAUUCUUCAGCAUGAGCAGAAUGAGCAGUCUUCAACUAUCUGCUAUGUGAUGAAUCUGGUAAAUGUUCAGCAUAUGAAGGAGUCCUGGGGAGUAGUCCAUCAUGAAGAACAACCAAAACAAAUUUCAAAGUUUUGUUCUGACAUCAUGGAAGAAUUUGACACAUUGCUUCCACUGGCUCUGGCAUGCAGAGAUGAGUCACUGCAGGAAAUUAGAACAAAUUUUGUAGAGGCGUGCUGCAAAGUAGCAACAGCUGUCCUGGCAAGAUUGGAAGAGAGAAGUAAAGAUGUCCCUUCCAGAGCUCCACUACAGAACCUGUAUGCUAUUCUCUCCACAGCAGUACAUGUAUAUCAGCAUUUUAAGAUGUAUCAUAAUUUAAUGAAAGAGACCAAUAGAAAGCCCUUAUUCCUAGUGUCUCUCCAGCAAUAUCAGGAAUUGAUCAGUGUUCUACAGUUUCAAGUUACAAACUAUUGCAUCAGAGUUUGUGCUACAAGCAUUUUACAGGAUGCCGAGAGUCACUACUGGGAUGACAACAAAGCUUUUUAUGAGGGGGAACGAUGCUCAUUCUCCGUCCAGAUGUGGCAUUAUUUCUGCUGUGCUCUUCAUCAUGAUCUAUGGACUGUUCUACCCCCCAUGUUAGCCCAAGAGAUUUUAACAGAAGUGUUGGAAGAAUCUUUGGCACUCCUGGCUUGCAGAUAUUUUCAGGCUCAACCCAGUUACAAAAGGACACCACAAAUAAGAAUAGAUGUUACAGCAAUUCUUCUGACCUGUGAAAACCUGUUGUGGUCAGUUUGUGGUUCUGUGCAAGAACUUCUGAGUCCACAUAAAGACAGAAAUCCUCAAAUUUAUAAAAUACACCAGCAUUGCAAUAAUCUACUUACAGCAGCUGUCCUUUUAACUGCACCACUGGAGAAUCUUUAUAAAACAUUUCAGAGUAGCUUUGAUGAUCCUUUGCCCCCAGUUUAUAUGGAGCCUAUCAUUAACCAACCAUUACACUGGUUAUCUGGUAUAACUGAAUUGUCUCCGUCUCUACUCAAGACUCCAUCAACCAGAGAAAUGGCAGCUCAGGGUCAACUGAAACUGCUCUUAUCCCAACCAUACUGUAAUUGGAACUUGCUUUUGGAAACAUUGCUACAUCAUGAUUGCCUCUUAGUGAAAAUUUUACUGAGAAGUUCCAAAUCUGGAUUGUCUGAAUGUGGAGAACAAAGCACUUGCCUAGAUGAGAAAAAUAACAAAGAACCUAAUUUGACUGAAGCAAUCUUUGCAGUACUGUCCUAUUGCACUUUAUCUCCCAAAUUACUUGGUGGUGUUCUGGAGAACUACAUAGAAAAAGAACAGAUAUGGGAUUGUUUAUACAAUAUGUCAGUUACAAGUUGUGGUGAUUUGGAGCCAGAAAUUAUCAGAUGCUUGAAGCUGACUUUGAUUAAUUCUGUUAAGGGUAUAGUGAAGCAGAUGAUUUCUUUGAUGCAUUCAUGGGAAGCAACAGAGAACUAUGGAACCUAUCAACACAAACAAAUUGUUCCUGAAAGUUUGUUGAAGACUGUUCCAAAGGAAUGGAAUUAUACACCUAGAGAAAUGAAAAGAAAAGAAUCUGGAAAAUGCUUCACAAGGCUUGCUGCUCAAGCAGUAUCUAUUGUAAUCAGCAAGUUACCUACAGUGAUUGCAUGUUUGCCUCCCCCAAUUAAGUAUUUCUUUUUUCUGUCUGAGAGAAAAAUGCCAAAAAACUUCGUUGAAUCAAAAAAAGCUGGUCUUCUUGUCUGGAUCUUGAUUGUAAUUAUAUGUCGGAUAUUUGAGGAUGGCAACACCACAGAACAUUUAACGGGUACAACUCUUGACAGAUGGAGCAAAGAGAAGCUUAGUUUAGUUCGUGUGUGUUUGGAAAGUAUUAUGGGGAAAAAGAAGAGUAGCCCAAAACAAGUGACACAGAAGAUUAUACAGAGCAUUGAACAACAAAGGCCAAACUGGAUUGAAAACCAAUUAUUAAAGGCAAGAAAACUGAGCAUAGACUGUACUGUUACUGCCGCAGAAGAUGGUAGAGGCUUGGAAGAGGAAACUAUUGAGCUUGAAUUGACUGAGCAGAAAAUAAACAUGAUGGUCCUGGAUAUCUGCCACAAACCAGGUGGCAGUGAAUACCUGAGGCAAAUUUAUCACAUCAUCCAGCUCAAUGAGGAAUAUUUGAGUGAACAGCUGUCUUACGAAGAGUUUUCUGAAGAAAAUAUGGCAACCAUUAGACCUUUAAAUCUGACAUUAAGCAGCAAGGAGAAGCAGCCUGUGUUUGACCCCUUCCAGGUGCACUACCUGUAUUGCACUAACGUGUUAGAAAAGUCCACCACUACUGAAUGGAAAUGGGAUUGGUCAAAUUUGCUGCCAGCUUAUCUGGGACUUAAUAAGAUGACCUUCAGGGUGCUGCUGACACACAGAUGGGAGAUGAAAGAGGAAGAAGUUAUGGAAGAGGAGGAGAAAGUGAUGCUGGAGCAUUUAAAAAAACUUUAUCUCACUCCAACCUGUCUUGCCUCAGAAGAUAAAGUAGAACAGAGAACUUGACAAGAGUACAUUUUUCAUUCAACAUUUUGAACACUGGUGUAAUAAUAGGUAGCCUGUGAUUCUUUGAGAAUUUGUGGCAUUCCAAAGAAGUUCUGCAUAGUUUGUACAAAUGUUGUUUUGUGUUGGUGUUUUCUAGGAAUUCCUAGGUACAGUGUUUUGUGUUAUGUUGCAUGGAUAUGUUUUUCUUUGUAAACAAUGUCAGAAAAUUAAAAUAGUUUUAUUUGAUUCUUAAAAUAAAAGUACAGUAAGAUAAUAAAAGUACAGUAAGAUCUAAACAUUAUAUUUCUAAGAACUAGAGGCUUGAAGCCUCUAUCCUAAGAACUAGAGGCUUGAAGCCAGUGGAUAAUUAUGUGAAUACCUACAGAUCACAAACUGAAAUUAAAACAGCAAAGAUACUGUUUUGCAGUUCAGUAGGAUGGAUCCUAAAGGCUUGAAGGCCAUAUUAAGAAUAGUUGCAAAAUCUAAAGCAUGCUUUAGUAUCAAACAAAAUUUGGCAGCUGAUAAGUCUUUUGAGCUGCCAUAUUAAAGCUGUAGUCCUGUGCACACUUAUCUGGGAGUAAGCUCCGUUUAAUGCAAUAGAACCUCUGAGUAAACAUACACAGGAUUGUGCUACAAAUCUGUUACUAGAGUACUGAGAAAGCAAAGAUUAGAAUCGUUUGUCUCUAAAACUUAUUUCUAGUAUUUGUCCUAAGGAAAUAAAAACUCUAAUUACUCUAA